ACACAGGCAGACUGCGAACGGGAGCAAGAGAGGGAGGGGGAGAGCAGCCACUGUGCACCCUGAAUGAGAGAACGCAGGAGGGAGGGACUCAUGCUGACAUGAGGGAGGAUUAAGUGAGCUCUCUGGAGUUGGAAAGCACCAGAAAACAGCUGUGAGGCAGCACGCAAGCCCAGAGCCCUCGCUACGCUACAGGAACGGAGGGAACCCCCCCCGCCCCAACCCCAUCAUCACCGCCACCUCCUCACUCACACCAGGAUGAAGUGAGCCAAGAAGACUCGGUUUGCGACUUUGCAUGGAGUUGGUGGUCUGAGAAGCAAAUGGGGGCAGCUCAUGGAAUGCAGAGGUGCGACCGCCCACAGGUAGAGGAGUGAAGGCUGAUAAACAGUGAUCUGGCACUUGUCUUCAUCAAAGCUCCUCUUACCCUUCUGCCAAAAAACGAGAAGAUCCGGAUAUGGCAUAUCAAUCAGCUUGAACCGUCAGCCAGCGAGCGGUUCGGUACGCGUACGCGAGUGUAUGGCUACACUAACUGAACUGGACAGACUGCUGACUCCAAUCCAUCUUGAAAUCCUUGCCUGGUCUGCUACUGGAAGCUAGGUCUCCUUUUAAACGAAAAAGAAAUCUGAAGGUUUGCAGUGCAUGGAAGGGAGAUCAGAGAGAUGGUGCUCCGACAGACGAGCUGAGGUGGUCGUGAUUAUGGGAUGAGAGUGACCGCUUCACCUGAAAUCCACCCGAAUCCUUGGCCCAGGACCUCUGAGAGGCUUACACACAGACCAGUUUGAUCUCCACACUCCACACCACAGUGCUGCAAAACUCAAGCUAACUAGCGGAGCCAAGCGACAUGGAGUUUCCAGACUGGAUAUACAGAACAUGAGCCCCGCAGGUCUGCCCAUGUCCAGCGGCAUCCGGACGGCACAAUGACCUGCGCUCAGGGCGUGGCUGGUCUGGUGACACUGAUUUGGUCCCUGUCGUGGCUGGCUGAGGGCAGCUGCCCUGCUGGGUGUCUGUGUGCCUCCGACAUCGUGAGCUGCGGAGCACUGGGUCUGGACCAGCUGCCUGCAGAGCUGCCUGCUUCUGCUGCCACCCUGGACCUCAGCCAUAACCGACUGGUGCAACUGGAGGACGCCGCCUUCUCAGGGCUUCCCCGGCUGGAGAGCCUCCGCCUGUCGCACAACCGACUGUCUCGCAUCUCCCCAGGCACCUUCCGCAAUGCCACCACCCUGAGGCACCUCGACCUGUCCUCCAAUGAGCUGCACGUGGUGGAGCAGCACUACUUCCAGGAGCUGGUGGGCCUGGAGGAACUGCUGCUCUUCAAUAACCGCAUAGUGCGUGUGGAGAGCAAAGCCCUGAGUAGCCUCAGCCGUCUGCGCAGAGCUUAUCUCAGCCACAAUCGGCUCACUGACUUCCCCUUCUUCUCCAUCCAGGAGCACAGUCACCCUUUCCUCGCCACACUGGACCUGUCCUCCAACCGCAUGUCCAAGCUACCUAUGGAGGACAUCGCCGCACUGCCAACAUCUGUGCAGAGUGGCCUGUUCCUCCAUAACAACACGCUCAUCUGUGAAUGCUCUAUGUACAGCAUGUUCCGGCACUGGGAGCAGAAGGACUUCGGCUCAGCAAGGGACUACCGUGAGGACUACACGUGCCUGGUGUAUGGGGAGCGCCGGGCCUCAAUUCGCUUCUUUCAGCACGGACGCUUCUUCGAGAACUGUACCCUCAGAGUACAGGGCCUGCUGGGAGAGCCUAAGAACAGUCUCCAGGCAUUCGUUGGGGAGGCCGUGCUCCUCCACUGCCAAACUUCACUGCAGGGUCGCACCCUGUCCUACCUGUGGGUCUCUCCAAACCAGGAGUACAUCGCUCCACCGGGCAACAAUGACACCUUGCGCAUGUUCUCCAAUGGCAGCCUGGAGAUCAUUGCAGCAAAGGCUGAGGACUCAGGCGUGUACUGGUGCAUGGCACUGGACAGGCAGCAGCAACGCAAUGAGACACGGGAAGUGAACGUGACUGUGGUGACCCGGCGAAUUGUCGUAGAACCCUUUAACACGGGUUUCACUACUUUGCUGGGCUGUGUGGUCAGCCUGGUGCUAGUGCUCAUGUACCUAUACCUGACACCCUGUCGUUGCUGGUGCCGCAAGCAGCCGCCACCAGGUACCCCAAGUCCAGCCAACGAGUGCAGUGCACAGUCCUCCAUCCUGACGCCCACCCCACCAGCCACCACUGAGGGGCCUGGACGCAAGGUUGGCAACAGCAAGCAUGUGGUCUUCCUGGAGCCCAUCAAGGAGGUGCAGAAUGGCCGGCUCAGGUCCACACAAGGCCCCGAGCACCCAAAACUUCAGCAGCUCCGUGGGGACAAUGACUCCAUCACCUCAGUCUUCUCGGACACCCCCAUUGUGCCCUAGCAGUGGCCAAGUCUCACACACAAUGACAUUGAGAAGAAUUCUACUCCCUGGGGGAGGUAGAUAAUGCGCAUUCCUAAGAGAUGGACUGGACUGCAGGGACAUUCUGGGACAUGGCCGGACCAUUAGGUGAGACGAAUGAAGCUUGGGGAGUAUUUACACAAAAUUACUAAGCAGGGUAAAGAUGCCCCUUUUAGCAGCUCAAGCCAUUAGAAAUAGAUAGUUGCCUUGUACCUAUGUCUUGCACACACAACACCCGACUGCACCCGUAAGUCAGGUGAUUAGACAGAAAAAACAUAGAUUUAAAUACCUCUGCAAGAAUAGAUUUUAGGUUGCUGCAUAAAGCAUAUUUAUUAUAGCCAACCUUAUUCAGGGGUUUACCAUAAACCCCAUUUUUACCCAUUUAAAGCUUUUUCACUGACAGAUUCUAUGAGCAAGCAAAAAAAAAAAAAAAGGGAAAGAUAUGUGUAAAUGUCAGGAAGUAGCUUAUAUUGUAAAUCUUUGGAUUUAGUAAAGACAGGCAUUGAUCCGUCUGACAUGAGGGAAUUGUGCAGGUUCUGCACUUUAUGGAAGUGGUGGCUGUUGAACAAGUUUGCUAUUGACAUUCAGCUUUCCGGGCUUUGCCUUGUAAAUCUGCAUGGAUAAGGCUGAUCACUAAGCCAACUUGGCUGUUGAUUGGAAACAGGACUGAGUGAAGAAAAUUGAACUGAACAAUGUCAGACCACCCUGCCACUACUGAUACUUGUCAGUAUCCUUUUUUUCAUUCAACCUUAAAUAAAAAAAAAAAAUAACAAUAAAGUAAAAAAAGCUGCAAUGACCUCAAAAGUAAAGAUCUGCAUUGUUAUUGUUAGGGAGAUGACAUGCGCAUGUGGCGCUGAAAAAUAUCAGUCAGCACAGUUCUUUGUGUUUAAGUAUUUAAUUUGAUGCACCAAUCUCUUUGUGUGUCUGUGUCUCUCUUUAAAUUGUGCAGAUUUUUUGCUCCAUGUUACUUUUUACCCUAAAUUUUCUUAAAUUUGCAUUGUUCUGUAAUAUACUGUCCUCCAAUAUUUCCACAUUUUUAUAAUCUUUGACUUUAGGCUUAACAAUGACAUUAGUCUGAAACAGACAUCAGCUCCAAGAGACAAAAUAUCAAAAGCAAAAUUUACUGAAAGAUGGGUCGGCCAGAAGAGCUUCCUAAAUCACAUG